CAUCUCUGUCCUAAACAUUGAAAUCCAUAUGGGAAACCAUAAUGAGAAACAGAUGGCUACAGAAAGAACCCCACUGAGUCCUUCAAGGAGACUCCCAUUCCUUACCAAUGCUGACAGAUUUCACAACCUUCCAUAGGAGAGUAUCACACGCUUGUGAAAACGCCAGCAUGAUGUCUGCUUCCUAUGUCUUCUGCCUGUUCUUGGCUUUUCUGGCUCUGGCUGGUGCUGCAGAUGUCAAUGACAAACUGACAUGCCAAGAGUGUAGUAAUAUCACUGAGUGCCAAACCUGCACAGUUCAGACGAAUGGCGGUGGUUGUGUAACUUCGGUGCAAGAAAACACAAUAGGCCGUACAGAGGAAACAACGUACUCCAAAAGAUGUUUGAGUUUUGGGAUUCUGUCCACCUUCUUCAGCAUCAGUCUUGGGGAAGGAAAAUAUUUGAAGUCCAACACAACAUUUUGCUCAGAAGACAAGUGUAACUACAACAACUACACACUUCUAGCCAACACUACACUGAAUGGACUCGAGUGCCCAACAUGUUUCAGUGAUACAGACAGUUCCUGUGAUGCUAAGACAGUUCCAUGCACAGGACUUGAAACGUAUUGUGUUAGUGCAUCCGGGGUCCUUGUAAGACGAGUAAUCCCUCCAAGAGUGUCUUUCUUUGCUGCAGAAGGCUGUGCCACAGAAACUGUGAAUGCUUUCCGUCUACCACUAGAGAUUUCUCUGCCGCAUGGUGUCUACAGUAUUGUGAAUCUGCAAAGGGCUAAGGCACCCACCCCUACCAACACAAAUUCCCAGGCCAGUGGCAGCCAGACCCUGAAAAGCAUCUCUUCUGUCUUUAUGCUCUCUGGUCUUUUUUGGAUGCUGCUGCUGGUGACAAUUGUCUCCUAAAGUAGGCACUGUGCUUCCUCUGAUGGACUUUUCUACUCUGGAUUUCUUCAGUCAGACAAAGGGUUAAUGUACGUGGACAAUAUAGGUGGACACUUUG